GGUGUGUUGCACUGCAGCAUUUGAUGUCUAACGCUGACUGCAAUGGAGGAAAUGACAUGACCGAGCUGUCUUUUGUAACUCUACAUCAUAUUUCUGUUUAGUUAGCCUUUAACACUGAACUACUCUGAUCUAAAACAUGUUGCGGACAUUGUGUCGGGCUGGCGGCGCCGUCUUUAAGAACUCCCAGCAGGCUGUGCCCAGGCUGUGGGUGACUCCAGCCCAGCAACGAUGGGCCUCCCGCUUACCCAUGAACACCGUGGUCCUGUUUGUGCCGCAACAGGAGGCCUGGGUGGUCCAGAGGAUGGGUCGUUUUCACCGGGUCUUAGAGCCGGGACUGAACUUCCUCAUUCCCAUACUUGACCAAGUUCGUUAUGUACAGAGCCUUAAAGAGAUUGUUAUUGACGUCCCUGAACAGUCAGCUGUGUCCCUAGAUAACGUGACUCUGCAAAUUGACGGAGUCCUUUAUUUGAGAAUCUUAGAUCCUAUUAAGGCUAGUUAUGGUGUAGAGGAUCCAGAAUAUGCCGUGACUCAGCUUGCACAAACCACAAUGCGUUCAGAACUGGGCAAACUCACGCUGGAUAAAGUAUUCAGGGAAAGGGAGUCUCUCAAUUCCAACAUCGUCCACUCCAUCAACCAGGCGUCGGACGAGUGGGGAAUCCGCUGCCUGCGUUAUGAAAUCAAAGACAUACAAGUUCCACCUCGUGUUAAAGAGUCAAUGCAGAUGCAGGUGGAGGCCGAGCGCAGGAAGAGAGCCACAGUGCUGGAGUCCGAGGGGACGCGGGAAGCAGGCAUCAACGUCGCGGAGGGUCGCAAGCAAGCCCAGAUCCUCGCUUCAGAGGGGGAGAAGGCCGAGCAGAUAAACAAAGCGGCCGGUGAGGCCCAAGCUGUGUUAGCCAAAGCAGAAGCCAAAUCCAAGGCCAUUCGUCUGCUGUCAGAUGCUCUGGCUGAACAGAACGGAAAUGCUGCAGCCUCGUUGAGUGUUGCCGAACAGUACGUCUCGGCUUUCUCCAACCUCGCCAAAGAGUCCAACACCGUGCUUCUGCCCUCUAACACCGGUGACGUUAGUGGAAUGGUCACACAGGCCAUGACGAUUUACAGCAAGCUGGCCAAACCGAUGCCAAAAGUUGAGAGCGUGAAGACAGAAGAACCCGAGGAAGAGCCUCCAGUCCAGUCAGCUCAAUAGCUGUGGACGCCGUUACUGUUCUAAACUGUAGCUGACAGAUAAAAAAAAGAGGAAGAGGUUUUCCACAAUUAUGGAGUACAAAGGCACUGCUGUGUCCCUCAGCGUCUGGUGCACUCUAUCUACUGCAGGGCACACACAGGAUGCCGUGACGGAGGAACAGCACUGGAUAAACGGAGACGACGUCGAGCGAGGACGGCUGGGACAAGAGAAACUCAGCCACAAAUUGUAUUACUUGUGUGUGCUUCAUCACCUUUAAAUGGACGUUUGCUGGCUGUGAUAUCAGAAAUGACGUGACUGAACAUUUCAGGCCAGUCUGGUUGGUUGAAAUAUAAUUAAAUAUAUUUUCGAAAGCA